AUGCCCGCCACACUGAAACCGUACAUUGAAACUCUGAUUCAAGGAGAUCGGUCCUUGACCAGUGAUGAAACCGAAGCCGCAUUUUCCGAAAUUCUACAAGGGGCCGAUGAAGUCCAAGUCGGAUCCCUUCUCACACUUUUGCGGGCGAGAGGCGAAACUCCCAGUGAAAUUGCCGGAAUGGUCAAUGCCAUGAACAAGGCAUGUGCGUCAGUUGAUUUGGGGGAUUUGAAGUUGUUGGAUAUUGUCGGAACGGGUGGCGAUGGCGCCGAUACCAUUAAUAUCAGUACCGCAAGUGUCGUAUUGUCGGCUGCCUGUGGCUGUAUUGUCGCCAAAGCGGGCAAUCGCAGUGUCUCUUCGGCGUGCGGCAGUGCCGAUGUCCUCGAAGCUCUCGGCGUCAAGGUCGAUUUGCAACCCGCCCAAGUCGUCGAUUGUGUUCAAAAAUGCAAUGUCGCAUUCAUGUUUGCUCCCGUCAAUCAUCCCGCCAUGAAACACGUCGCGCCCAUUCGGAAAAAAUUGGGGGUCCGAACGUGUUUUAAUAUUUUGGGCCCCAUGACCAAUGCGGCCGGUGCGCAACGAGCCGUGAUUGGAGUCUUUCAUCCCGAACUCAUGCCACUCAUGGCGGGAGCACUGCAAGAAGUGGGGAGAGUGGAUCAUGCCGUUAUUAUUCAUGGAGUCGGAUUGGAUGAAAUUAGUCCCAUGGGGCCUGCCACUAUUCUGGAGAUCAAAAACACGGCCGAGCCGGGAGCCCCACGAGUCUACGAAGAAAAGACAUUUACAUUUGAUCCUCUUGAUGUGGGCAUUGAACGAUGCAAAGUAGAAGAUCUCAAGGGAGGUGGGCCCGAAGAAAAUGCCGAAAAGUUCCGGAAAGUACUAGAAGGAGGAGAUCACAGUGAUGCCAAGAGAGAUUCCAUUGUACUCAAUGCCGGUGUAGGAUGUUAUGUCUAUGGACUCACGGACACCAUAGAAGAGGGAUGUACGUUGGCACGGGAGACACUCAAUUCUGGAAAGGCAAUCGAAUUGCUGGAAAAGUGGAUUGAAGUCUCCAAUCAAGUAUGA